UUUGUUUCCUUUUAAAAACAUGCCAUUUAAUUUUUUUAUUCAAUUCAAAUUUUAAAUCUUGCGCUAACGUUGUUAGUUGUACAUUGAUAUUAUCAUGAAUUAAUAUUGUAAUAUUAUAAAUAUUACAAUAUUUAUACCCUGUGGCUGCAAACACAGUGAAUUAUUAAUUUAUUUUACUUUACAAUAUCGCGGCAGUAUUUCACGCUCACGUGAUAAUUCUAUUUAUGUCGAGAGCGCGGACUCGGGGGGCGUUAAGACCCAGCAGAUGUGCGAGUCAACAUCUGCUCCGCUACGACUCGAGCCUGAUCUCCGUUCUGGAGUCACUCGGGCGGGCUGGUGCGCAGAUGAGCGGACUAAAGUGGACCCGCUACCGGUCCGGACCAUGACAGAGCCUGGAGCUGGACCGGCGGAGCCGCAGCAGUGAGACAUCGCGCCGCAAGAUGAAGACACCGAUGCGUCAUGGCGUCGCCGUGCUGCUCGUGCUUCUCCUGUGCGCCAGCUUGUUCCUCGUCUACAACGGCAACUUCAGCGGCGUCGCCAGGGACGCCAACGACACGCUGGCGAGCCGACAGCUGCGGCGGCCCACGACGCCCCCGGUCAGAGCGGCCAAGCCUCUGGCCCCAGUCCUCCAGGGAUACAGCGGCAUCAUCGACCAUAAGCCGCUGAAGAUGCACUGUCAGACAUGCGCCCUGGUCACCAGCUCGGGUCACCUCAUUGGAGGGGGCCGCGGCGCCGAGAUCGACCGCGCCGAGUGCGUCAUCCGCAUGAACGACGCUCCCACGGCCCGAGGCUACGCCGUCGACGUUGGCCGGCGGACGUCACUGCGGGUCAUCGCUCACUCCAGCAUGCAGCGGGUGCUGAGGAGCCGCCACGAGCUGCUCAACGCCAGCCAGGACACCGUCUUCAUCUUCUGGGGGCCCAGCAACUACAUGAGGCGCGAUGGGAAGGGCCCGGUCUACAACAACCUGCGGCUGAUGAACCAGGUGCUGCCAAAACUCAGAGUCUACAUCAUCUCCUGGCAAAAGAUGCUGCAGUUCGAUGACCUCUUCAAGAAGGAGACGGGCAAAGACAGGAGGGUAUCGAACUCGUGGUUAAGCACCGGCUGGUUCACCAUGACCAUCGCCCUGGAGCUGUGCGAUCGGAUCAAUGUCUACGGCAUGGUGGCCCCUGACUUCUGCAGAGAACCUCAGCAUCACUCGGUUCCGUACCACUACUACGAGCCGCGCGGGCCGGACGAGUGUGCCAUGUAUAUCUCGCACGAGCGCGGCCGGCGAGGUAGCCACCACCGCUUCAUCACAGAGAAGCGGGUCUUCGCCAACUGGGCACGGACGUUUGAUAUCCACUUCUACCAGCCAGACUGGAGUCCGGCGCCUCUGCCGGCCAAUCGGACAGCCAACGCCACGCUCUCCACAACGUGACUGACGUGCCAGAGCGGAUGUUUGUGCUGACUGAAACUGUGUCACAUGUCAUGCUGGACGUUCAUAACGCACAUCGCCAGCACUUUGUUUACUCGACGUCGUGCAUCAUCAUAAUGCAGCGCUCAAAUGGCAGCGACAUCAUUACACCGUCCGACUGCAGGCCUGCGGUUUGUUACUGUCGUCUCUACAAAUGUUUGGCAAGCGGAUCAGAGAGACGCGGCCGCACGCCUCGGCUCUCUUUGUUGGAUGAAGAAUCUAUUCAGGAUUUACUCUAAACACACUUCUGCAAACAUCUUCGACCAAGACCAGGAACCAGCCUUCAAUACGGCCGAGAAAAGAAACCGCACGCUCAAUUGUCCUGAAGGAUUGUACAUGAUAAUAAAGGGACUGGAGUUUGUCUUGAAGUUGCAUUUCUGCUGGUGGGUGACGAGAUCCGGUCAAAAAAAACUUCAACUUUCAUUACUUAAGAUGACAAUAAGACGUCAGUGGAGUUGGUUUUAGUUUUAGUUUUAGCAUAUUUUUUUCAUAAAACUUAAAUUUUACAUAUUUUCUUCACCCACCAACUGUCAGCUUUUAUGUUUAGAUGGAAUCCACUUUUUGUUUUUCAUCUAAUCAUUUCAAGUUUUUAUUGAAAAUUUGACUUGCUGACAAACAAACACAAUUUCACCUUUCAACUUCGCUUGAUCUUCUAUAUUAUAAACGUUGAUAGCAAGGUUAUUAGAGUAAACAAAAACUCACAAGAAAAUGAAAAUUAGACUUCGUUUUCGUUAACUGAAAUAAAAAUAAAACGAUAACUAACGGAAACUGCAUUGUCUGUUUACAAAACUGAUCUCAAGGAACUAAAAUUAUAGUGAAAAUUCCCUUUGUUUUUGUCUUUAUUUUAUUUUGGCAUUAUUUUAAAUCGAUUUAUUUUGGCUGGCCUGGUUUUAGCUGACGGCCAGGUGCGGCAUGUCCAGUCCCUGACGUCACUUGUGUUGACUAGCUGACCUGACAACGCUGACCAGCACAAUGGUGGUCGUUGGGCAAAAGAGUCUCCUUUCCAAACUUCACGGACUUACAUGGUGUCUAUUGUUGCGUUUCUAUUACUGACUAUUUUGUGACCAAUUUCAAUCUUCAAUCUUGUUCCAAGUCCCCACAUUGAAGGA